GAAGAUGGAAAGCGUGUUGAUUGAAAAAGCUAGCACUGUGCUGGUAAGUCAGAGCGAAGGGGAGUAUGGACAUGUGAAAAGCGAGUUAUCCCAUCCUCUACCCAUAACUAUAAUUCAAUGGAGGCCUUCAAUUAAAGCGCCUGAAAGUGUCAAGAAUACACCAAGACAUGUGCUUCUGACAUGCUGCUUGGAUGGAACUGUGAGAUUGUGGAGUGAGACUGAAAAUGGAAAAGCCAGAAAAUUUAGUAAGGAUAUAAAUAAUAAAAUGUCAAUGAAAAGGCACUUUUCUGUUGCUGCCGUCAUAGAGAUAAAUCAGGCAUUGAAUGGAACUCUUGGCAUGGAUUUAUUUGUAACAUGGGCGACCGAGAUCAGAGGUAUGUGCAAACCUUUUGAAGUGGCUAAGAAAGUUUACUCCUCAAUAGGACUCGAACACAACAGCGUUGGAAACUGCGAGUGGCUAAUUAGCUUGGGUCCAGGAUCAUCGGUUACUUUCUGGGCUGUUCAUUGUCUCGAUGACAUAUCCCCAUUGAGAUUCCCUCGAGUCACGUUGUGGAAGAAGCAAGAGCUCAAAGGAUUUGAAGUGGGACGUCAUUACAUGGAUGGUUGUACAAACUUGAGUAACAAUAUUCUCCUCAAGAAAGUUGUGAUCUCAAGGAUUCAUCCGACUGGUCCCCCAAGUAUGUGCUCUUUGAUUCAGUUAUUGCCUUGUAAUUCCUUGGUGUGGUCGCUUUUAUCUGCUCCCACAUCAACUGACACAGGGGAUGCAUCCUUUGACAAAAACAGGUUAGAAAAUUCGUCCUCGUGUUCAGCUACUAGUCAAUUGAAUUUAAGUGGUCACGAUGGAAAAAUCUUACACGUUGCUGUCCAUCCAUACAACUGUGAGGCCGAGAUAGCUGCCUCCUUGGAUUCUAAUGGCUUGGUUCUUUUCUGGUCACUAUCUAGUAUCUCCAAUUGCGUACUAGGCUCUCCGACACUUACUCCUAGCUGGGAACUUUGUGGAAAACUUAUAACUCAAGAUUCAUGCUCCAAAUAUACAAGUGUGCAGUGGGCACCAUCAAUCUUGGAUGGAGAACUGAUUCUUCUCAUGGGACAUGCAAGAGGAAUUGACUUUUUUGCAGUUAGGAUUAGCCAAAGUGAUGAAGAAAAUACUGACUGUCACUACUUAUGUACCAUACCUUUCACUGGUCAUGGUCCUUUUGAGAAUGGUCCGACUAAUAUAUUUUCCAUUUCUUUUCCCUCUAAUUGUAAUAUGACUUAUAAAUUCAAUAAAUUUAUGUUAUUGGGGAUAUGGAUGAAAGGGUUUCAGGCAUUAUCAUGGGAAAUCACCCUACAUGCUUAUGAUAUCUCUGGGACUGGAAUACAUUGCAAUUGUGAUAUUGAAAGUGAAAAUAUAGCUGACAGCAUAUUGAGAUUUGAAAGUCCUUUUGGAAGCAAAAAGUAUUGUGUUAGUAUAAUCCCUUGCUCAUCACAGUUACCCAAUUCUCAAAUUCAUGACCAGAUUACAAGUUUUGCCGUGGUGCACCAAGGAACUUUUGUUCCGGUGCUGCAAAAAUUAGCUUCUUUGGGUGAACCAUAUACCCCUGCAUAUGUUAUGGCUACUGGCUCUGCUGAUGGUAGUUUGAAACUUUGGAGAAGUAACAUUGGCAAACCAUCAAUCUUCCACGUGCCAUGGGAGCUUGUUUGUGUUGUUGUCACGCAUCAAGGUCCCAUUACUGCUUUGUGCUUGACGGAUUGUGGUCGGAAGAUUGCAACAAUUAGCAAGGACAACCAAAAAUGUAAUACCAGCAAUGUUCAUAUAUGGGAGCUUGGAUACCUUGGUGUGGGGACCCUCUUAUUUGAAGAUAAAUUGUCCUUUGAAAGCAAUAUUGUUGCCCUAGACUGGUUAACUUUAGGAAAUGGUCAGUUUUUACUUGGAAUUUGUUUGCAGAAUGAAUUGUGUGUGUACUCCCCGAAGCGCUUUGGUGGCCAAACCUUGUCAUGCAUCACAAAAUCUUUGGAUACCAAGACUUGGAUCUGCAUUGGGUUUGCUCGUACUCUCUCUUCUAACUGUGGCUUCCUUUGGGGGCCGAGAACCACAGCGAUAGUUGUACAUGAUCAUUACUUUUGUAUAGUUAGUCCAUGGUUGUUCCUUGUGGAUAAAAACCAUGAUGCCAUGUGCAACCCUUAUUAUAUCGAAGAAACUAAAGCUCACCAUGUCAAUGGAACAGUUGUAGACAUUUCUGCUGCUGUUUUUAGUGAUGAAUGUUGCGGUAUCGAAAAACUACCGGAUGAUAAUUAUGACAGCAAAUGUAGAUCGAAAUCUCUGGCAAACUUUUAUGCUGAAAGCAAAACUCUGUCGAGCACUUUGAAUCCAUGGGUUGCUCAAAUGAAAAAUAAAUCCGGGCUUGGUUUAAUAAGCAUGCUGGAUGUAGUUGAUAAACUGUGUGGAUCACUGUCUUCUUUUCAUCCUCAAGCCCUCCUCAUUAAUAUAUAUUCAGGCAAAUGGAAACGUGCAUAUACGGCUUUGAGUCAUCUUAUUGAGCAUCUUCCUUCUGAUGAAAAGAGCUCUCCAAACCCAACCUAUACUAUUCCAGAGAUUCUUCUGUCAGAUUAUUUUGAAGGAGUUGUGAAAACUUCAACUGAUAAAGGAGUUCAGUGGAGUACGAGUGACUCAUCAUCCCAGUUUAAGGGUGGUGUUUCUCAAUGGACCUUCAAUUGGGAGUCUACUAGUAAUGGUAACUCAUUCAUUCCAUCCUCUACGAAAUCUGAAUUCAGCAGCUUUAUUGAGCCUCUUGAGAAGUUCUAYGAAGUAGCAGGGCUAACCAGCGUGGAGAAGACACAAACUCUAGCAAUUGUAGAUCUUCUUGGUGAAAUCAGUAAUAAAUCUUCUGCAUCUGCCUAUGAAAGUCUUGAUGAGCCUGGGAGAAGAUAUUGGAUUGCUUUGAGGUUUCAACAAUUGCAAUUUCUUCGGCAAAAUGGUAGAGCAGCAUCUCUGGAAGAGCUGGUCAUUGACUCAAAAUUGAGUGGAUGGGCCUAUCACUCUGAUUGUCAGGAAAAUCUAUUGGAUUCAGUUAUCUCUAACGAACCAACUUGGCAGGAAAUGCGAAGUUUGGGUGUUGGAAUUUGGUUUACUAAUACAACACAGUUGCGUACAAGGAUGGAGAAACUAGCAAGAUCCCAAUAUCUGAAGAAGAAAGAUCCCAAGGACUGUAUGCUUCUGUAUGUUGCGCUGAAUAGAAUCCAAGUUUUAGCCGGCCUUUUUAAAAUUAGCAGGGAUSAGAAAGAUAAACCCUUGGUGGGAUUUCUUUCACGCAAUUUUCAGGAGGAGAAAAAUAAGGCAGCAGCUUUGAAGAAUGCCUAUGUUUUAAUGGGGAGACAUCAACUGGAGUUGGCUAUUGCUUUCUUCCUGCUUGGUGGGGACACUUCUUCUGCUAUUAGUGUCUGUGCAAAAAAUCUUGCGGAUGAGCAGCUUGCACUGGUAAUUUGUCGUCUAGUUGAAGGGCGUGGUGGACAUCUUCAGCAACACCUAAUAACAAAGUUUAUGCUUCCAUCUGCCAUUGAGAAGGGCGACGCGUGGCUUGCAAGCAUUCUCGAGUGGGAAUUAGGAAACUACUCUCAGUCCUUUAUGAAUGUACUUGGUUUGGAAUCACAUUCCGUAACUGAGAUACCAUUUUUUUCAAGCAAACAUAUUGCUUUUCUGGACCAAAGCAUUGGUAUGUAUUGUCUCUUGUUAGCAACCAAAAAUAGCAUGAAGAAAGCAGUCGGAGAGCAACCUGCUGAGGUCCUUUGUCGGCUUGCAACCUUGAUGAUGGCUACUGCUUUAAACAGAUGUGGUCUUCCUCUUGAAGCUUUGGAACACUUGUCAACCUGCGGGAGCAUUGCUGAAGUUACAGAUAGGACAAAUGGGGUGGAUAUUCAGUGUUUUGAGACUAUAAGCAAAAUCUGUAAGCAAUCUCCUAGAUAUUCCUCCAGUUGGCUGUCUGUUGAAUUUGCUGUCCAUCUGGAGCAUCGAGCAAAGUUAGAUUUGGCUGUUCAAUACUUCUCAAAAUUGAUACGGAAGCACCCAAGCUGGCCAAUCAUAAAGUUAGAAUCUGUUGGAUGGAUGGGUUGCUUAAAGGAAGAUGAGGUGGAUUAUGAGAAAUCUCUUGGAAGUUUUCAACAUAAAUUAUAUGUGGGGUUUGCACAGUUUGAAAUGAAGUUUUCAUUGAUUCCUGCCUCUCUUGUURGUAUGAUAUUAGUCUUUCUGUGUAAUCUUGGGCUACAAUUUAUUGCACAUGAUAUAUUUCAUGGAUCUACUUCUCAAGAAUGCUCGGAUGACAAGUAUCAGAGGAUUCAUACUUACUUCUUGUAUCCUCUCUCGCACAAGUCACUACUGAAAAUAGCACAAGAAAUUUCAUUUUCAACUUCACGGUAUAUUAUUGCUUGCAGUUUAUCGUUCCACAGAGGUGAAAUUAUGACGAAGUGUUUAGAUAUUUGGUGGUACUACCUUCAAGGUCUUUUACUAUCAUUACAGGGCCUAAGAACUGCUUUGAGAAGUAUACAUGGUUCUCUCAAAGAAGAUCUUGUUUCCAAGCUCGUGACCAUUCUUGAUUUGGUUGAAUAUAACUUGUAUUUCGCAUCUGCUUGGCUACUGAGAGACUCAAAAUGUCUCCUUAAAAUGCUGCAACCACUCUUUGUCGCUUUUUCUAAUGCAGAAUCUCCUCAUGACAUUGACAUGGGACAUCUGAACCAACUCUUCCCUCACAUUGGAGAGUUGAUAGCUCAAAACUUUUUGACCGGUGUAGAUUAUAACCAUCAGAUACUGGCAGGCGUGCCCACUGAACAAAGUGACGAUAUUGUGCAUUCAAUUCCAGUGGAUGAAAGAUGGCACAUUAUUGGGGCUUGUUUGUGGCAACACAUGUCCAGAUUCGUGAAGCAUAAGUUGGCUAUUUUAACUAAUAAAUCCAAAGAGGGUAACUUUGGCAGUAUCAUUCUUGGUAACCUUUUUACGUGGGCUCCAAGUCUUUCAACCAUGACUCCCGAUCAGAAAGACAUUUUAAAGGAUGUGGUUGAAUUGAUAUCAAUGAGUCUUACUUCUCUACUGGCCACGGUCCUUGCUCGGGUUUCUUCUUAUCAACUAAAACAACUGGUAUCAUCUUUGCAACAUAAGUUAGAUCAGAAGUUGUACGUUGCAACUGUUGUUUGGUUUGAACACUUUAGCCAGACUCAAUCUCGGCAACAGAAGCACCACACUGAUGAAGAAAUAUACAAUAUGGAUAUGUGUAACGAAGGUGACUUUGAAACAUUGUGGAACAUUACUUCCAAUCCCAAUAUAAUAUCAGAAUGUUUUGCACAUGAAAAAGUUAAUCUGUUGCACUGUUUUGAUCAUAAACUCUCUGAAAUAUGGAGUGACAUUUAUAACGGCACCACAAGGGCAGAGGACACUUGUACUCGUGAAGGUGCACUAGUCAGUAGUUCUUCCAGCAAUGCCACCGUAUCGCCUGGUAAAUUAUUUGGUAAUGGGAAAACGCUUGUAAGAUCUGACAAGGAAUUAGCAACCCUUGAGGAUGUCAUGUCUUUUCAGAAAUCUAAAGAGAUAUAUAGGAGGAGUGGAGAGCUGUUAGAGGCAUUGUGUAUCAACUCUGUUGACCAAAGACAAGCUGCACUUGCCAGUAAUAAAAAGGGUAUAAUUUUCUUUAGCUGGGAAGAUGGGAUGGCCUCCAGAGAUGAAGAGGAUUAUAUCUGGUCAAAGUCUGAGUGGCCUCUAAAUCUAAAUGGGUGGGCAGGCUCUGAAUCGACACCAGCUCCAACAUGUGUAUUUCCUGGUGUUGGUCUUGGUAGCAGAAAAGGGGCACACCUUGGGUUGGGUGGUGCAACUGUGGGUGUUGGAUCAUCUGCAAGGCCGGGGAGAGACUUGACCGGAGGUGGAGCAUUUGGUAUUUCAGGUUAUGCUGGUAUUGGUGCUUCUGGCCUAGGUUGGGAAACACAAGAGGAUUUUGAGGAAUUUGUUGAUCCUCCAGCUACUGCAGAACACACGAGCACAAGGGCUUUCUCCAGUCAUCCUUCUAGGCCUCUUUUCUUGGUUGGUUCUACCAAUACACAUGUAUACUUGUGGGAGUUUGGGAAGGACAAAGCUACUGCAACUUAUGGUGUCUUGCCCGCAGCAAACGUCCCUCCACCAUAUGCUCUAGCCUCAAUAUCAUCCGUGCAGUUUGACCAAUGCGGACACAGAUUUGCUACUGCUGCCUUAGAUGGGACUGUAUGCUCAUGGCAGUUGGAGGUUGGAGGAAGGAGCAAUGUCCUACCCACAGAGUCAUCGCUCUGCUUUAAUGGCCAUGCAUCGGAUGUCACUUUUGUUACUUCCAGUGGAUCAAUAAUAGCUGUGGCUGGAUAUAGCUCCACUGCAGUUAAUGUAAUCAUAUGGGAUACAUUGGCUCCACCUACAACUUCGCGAGCAUCCAUUAUGUGUCAUGAAGGUGGUGCUCGCUCUCUUUCUGUGUUUGAUAAUGAAAUAGGAAGUGGGUCUAUUUCACCACUCAUAGUAACCGGUGGGAAAGGUGGAGACGUUGGACUUCAUGACUUCCGAUACGUGGUCACUGGUAGACCUAAAAAACAGAAACACUCUUCUAAAGAUGAACGGAUCAGCGAUGCUUCAAAUAUUAAUAUGCCAAGUACCAUUGGUGAACAAAACUUCAAUGGAAUGCUUUGGUACAUACCAAAGGCUCACUCUGAGAGCGUUACCAAAAUAUCUUCCAUCCCAAAUACGAAUUUGUUCUUGACUGGAAGCAAAGAUGGAGACGUAAAACUUUGGGAUGCAAAAGGAGCUAAAUUAGUUUAUCAUUGGCCGAAGUUGCAUGAUAGACACACUUUUCUGCAACCCAGCUCCCGUGGUUUUGGUGAAGUAGUUCGGGCUGCUGUUACUGAUAUACAAGUUAUCUCAAGUGGAUUUCUUACCUGUGGUGGAGAUGGCUCUGUAAAGCUGGUUCAGCUGAAAUGAUCUGUGUAGAACGGAACAGGCAGAACAAAACCCAAAAACUUGUUUUGUUGCAGUUAAAAUAUGGGAAUUUGAGAUGUGCAGAAGAGGUGGUGUGAGGAUAGUGUCACGUAUGGCUCGGCGUGCAUGCCUUGUACUUGACCGAGCACGUUUAAGAUAUUCACAGUUGGUACAUUAUCCUGACUAGUUUCCAGAACAAAAGCUCAAAUCAGUGCCUUCAUGUUCAAUGUCAAUAGGCUUUUGGGCUUGAAUUGCUAACGUGCUGUGACCUUAUGUAGUAAUAGUAACUUCAGAAAGCGAAGAUCUAACCAUGAUGAAACAUUCAGUUUUAUUGGCUGAGGAUUACGGCGAACUAGAGUGAAAUUAAGUGACCAGUACCUUGUUAUGAGGAGGAAAACGCUUUGUGGCAAUGACUGUUCAACCCAAACAGAAUAGAAGUAAAGUUCGUUUGAUUCAUGCAAGUUUUUGCUUCUGGAGGAAAGAGAACCUCAAUAUGGACUACCCACAUGAAGUGAACAAGAAUUUGCUGCUUAGUGCUAAUGGCUGCUAUCGCUUGCUCUCUCUUUGGCAGAAGAAUUUACUGUGUUUCUUUUUCUUUUUGUUGGGAUGCUUGGGUAAAUUUUUUUAGAUGUGUAUAAACUUUGUUCAUCCUCUUUCCCCAGUAUAAAGGAAAAUAAGACUGUCCUUGGUUACAGUUUGGGUUUGUGAGAUUCUUUUUUACUGUACAUUUUGGAACAACUUUUGUAGAGCUGAAGUUUAAUGUGAAUUAUCAUUUUUGGCCUCUU